AAAUAUAUUAUAUAUUGUUUUUCUUAUAGGAAAGAAUAACAAUUGCAGUCAUAUGUAUUCUGUUUGUAUUCUGAUUGCAGAUGUUUUGUAUCCUUUGCAAUGUUCUUUCUCUUUUAUUUUUUCUUCGUUCUUCAUUCCCAGCAGACAAAAAAGAGCUGUAAAUCAUUUCCUGUCCCUCUAUAGAGCAGAAUAGAAGGAAAUAAAAUGCCAACAGAGAAUCCAACAGAAUGGAGUGAGGUGGAUGUUGCUGCUAUGGCAAAAGACAAAAAAUGUGGGUGGAGGAAAGGGUUUUCUUGUUGUGCAGAAUCCAAUUCUCAAAUAGGUAGUGAGUUUGGCAUGAGUAAUCAUGGUGUCCACUGGAUCUCUCUGUGGAAUCCUAUUGUUGCAUCCAGGACACCUUUGUGCCCUCAGACAUGGGAGACAUUCAUUGGUGUGAACAAGUUCUAAAAGGGAAAGCCUGUGAAGAAUCACUCACCCAAAAAUCCUGCUAAGGCAUAAAGUGGAAAGGGCAGGGAGCAUCAACAAGUCACUAGGGAGUUUCCUGGCUGAUACUUCACUGCGAUGGCAGCUCACAAACUGGCCUUUGCUAUCGUCCUAGCUGCUUCUCUCUGGAUGUUUUCCAGUACCUCCAAUGCUGGCGAGGAAAUCAAUGAGAGCAUCAUUUGUACCAAGGACCUGAUUGAAGUAGACAUCCCAAGUACAUUCUUCCUGUCCAAGAAUCCUCCAAUACUAAUUUCCGAUUUGCACCUGAAUGAUCCAGAAUGCCAAGGCACAGAAAUAGAAAAUCUCUAUGUGUUCAGCAUAAAAACCAACUUCCCAGACUGUGGAACACGAAUGGAGUCAGAUGGAGCUUAUAUGAUUUUUCUCAACACUAUCCAGAACAAUUUCUCUGAUACAAUCACAAGAACUUUUGUCAACAUUACAUUUGCUUGUCGAUAUCCUAUUAAUUACAUGGUACAACAGCCUAAUGGUGAAAACAAAAUCAGUGUUGAUAUCAGGUCCAUUAUAUUAAACACUGAAGAUGGAAACUUCUCUGUAUCCAUGAUGCUGUACAAAGACCAGCAUUUUGAAGACAUGUGGACUACUAUCCCUUUCUUGAAUCUGGAGGACAACAUAUUUGUCAGAGUUAAAAUGGUUCCAGGUAACUUCAUCAUUAGGCUUGAAAACUGCUGGUCUACCCCAACAAAGGAUCCUGUCCAUUUUAUUCAAUAUUACUUUAUUACAGAGAGUUGUCCACAAACAGUAAAAGAUGAAACACUGUCAAUAAUAAGAAAUGGAGAAGGAGAAGAGGCAAUGUUUCGGAUCCAGAUGUUCAAAUUUGUUGGCAUGUCAUUCAACCAUGUCUUCUUACACUGCACAGUUCAGAUUUGUCAUAGCACAUCUGAUACUUGCAAACCGAACUGCACAGAUGAUGAAAAUCUAACCAGAAAGAAAAGAGAAGUCAGACCUUUUCCUAAUCACAUGGUGUCAUACGGACCUAUCAAACGAAGGCUGAUAGGUAAUGAAGGGACUGCUAUAAAUAAAGAAAGACUUCCACCAGUAGAAAUGUUGAUUUUUGGUGGGCUUCUACUGGCUCUUCUAGUGAUAACGGGAGUUUUGGGAAACCUUUUGCUUCAGUCAAGGAGGACAUACCCUGCAAUGCAAACUCAGCUGACAAUGUCGCGUUUUCACCGUUCUGAAAUAGCAUAAUUGUUUCGCAAUAGUGUCAUAGAACAUUUCACUCACAUUCCAGCAAUUGAAUUGCAUUGUACUUUACUAGCAUUCACAUACAUGUGUUCAUUUUUUCUCUGUGUUCAUCUCAUAGAUUUGUAAGAAUAUUUAUAACCAUUCAUAAAGCAAGCUUACGAAAAGUAGGAUACAAGUUUAAAUAACGAAUGUAAGUGAUUCUAUAAUACAUUAUUGAGUAGGUCUGUGAUUUUAAUAGUGUUUUUAAUGUCCAGAAGUGGACAUAUAACCGGUAAAGAUUACACUUGCUUGUAUUUUGCAUGUUUGUCUAUGUUUGGGAAAGCAUUUUUGCCAGUAAUUAUUGCAUUCGUUCCUCACAUUUUUUUUAUCUAGAUAAGAAAUACGUCGUGAUAUUUUAAGUAUUCUUUAAGAACAAUCUUGUUCUUGCACUUCAGUGAUUCAGUUUUAUUUCCAUAAUAAAGGUUUAUUUUCUAAUACAA